ACGAGAUUUUCAUGAGUACUUUUGCGGUUUUAAAUCAUUCGAGGUUUACUACACAGUUCGCAAGGUUCACCAAAUUUGUAUUGCAAUAACUCGAUGAGCGAGGAAGAGGAUUCACUUCCCAGAGGGGACAUCAUUAGCGAGGAAAAUGGAACGCCUUCGACUCCAGUGAGAAACGACAUUUCGUCUCAAAUAGAACAGACUUUGGAUAAACAGAGAGGCUUAAUCUUAGACGAGUUAGAAUUCAGAUUUGGGAAUUUCGGCGGCAAUAAACCGGCUAACGCAGGUACUUUUGAUUUCAAAACAGAUUCUUGUAAAAGACAGUUUAAUUUCAACUCUGAACGCCUGAACAAUUUGAAUAGAAUAGAGGCUUUGUGUGACUUCAAAAACGUUUCUGCCAUCAAAGAUAUUGCUCAAAACGAAGCCUUGGAGAUUCGUAAACGAAACAAGCUGUUAAAAAUUGCCGACAAACAUGGCUGGGAUACCGUCAGGGAAUAUGACGCUGACCCGCUUGCUGAUAAUGAUGACGAUGCUUCUAAGCUACGAGGCGCUAUUGCAAGGGCAAAUAGGUCACGCAGAUAUAGUCCAUAUGGAAGUAGUCAGACUUUUCCACCACCACGUGCUCAGUCCCAGCCAAGGCCACUUUUUCAACAACGGGCGCCCUUUCGUGGGUAUUCACCAAGAUUUGAGAGCUAUUUCCAAACAAAUAUCCCGGGAAACGUGCAAAGAAAUCAGGGAUUUACAGGUCAUUGCUUCUCCUGCAAUCUGCCCGGACACUUUGCCAGAGACUGCCCGUACACCCAGAGAUUCAUGGCUAGUAAGCUGCAACCCUCCGUCACAACAGAAAAACCAGACGCCAGUAACGGAAAGUAGAGAACGUAAAAAUCAUGCAAUAUGGGAAGAGAUUUCAAAGUUUUCAAAUCAUGUUUCUCUUGGGGCAGCAGCUAGUAUGAUGCCGGACAUAGUUAUGGCUUCUAAAUCCAAGAAUACCAAUCAGAAAUACAUUGGAUACUUCAACAAAUUUGACGUUUGGUGCGGUGAACAUGGUUUUAUCAGUUUACCAGCUAAAGUAACUACGGUUUGUCUUUUUCUGAGUGAUUUAACUAUCAGUGAAGUGUCUAAUUCUGUUCUGGAAGGUUAUUUUUAUGCAAUAAACUGGAAGCACGAAUUAUCACUCUUUGAUAAUCCGUGUGCACACAAAUUAACCAAACUGACUUUUGACGGAAGCAGACGUAUCUUGUGCCAACCAAAACGGAAGAAACAACCAGUUACAGCAGACAUUUUGAAUCGUAUUGUAAAUUUGUAUAGUAAUGGAGGAAAGAUGAACUUUAAAGAUAAUAGAUUAUGUACAAUGUGUAUUCUUGGAUUUUCAGGUUUUUUGAGAUUUAGUGAGCUAAGUUCGUUACAAAUGAAAGAUAUCAAAAUUUAUGAAAAUCAUAUGUCUUUGUUUAUUAAGAAAAGUAAAACUGAUCAGUUACAAAAAGGUUCAGAAAUUGUCAUUGCUAAGACGGGAAAUAAACUAUGUCCGGUAUCGUGGUUAAAAAAUUAUUUAGCUGCCGCAAGUUUAACCGUUUCCUCAGACGAAUACAUAUUUACAAAGGUCAAAUUUCUUAAAAGUAAAAACAAAUACGUACCAGUUAACACUUUGAGUCCUUUGUCGUACACGAGAUCCAGGGAAAUAUUUUUGCAAGCUAUAGUAGCAAUUGGUGAAGACAAAAAUAAAUUUGGUCUACAUAGUUUACGUAGUGGCGGAGCUUCAGCUUGUGCAAAUAGUACUCUCAAUUUAGAUACCAGUUUGUUAAAUAAGCAUGGUAGAUGGAAAUCAAGUACUUCUUCAGAUGGUUAUAUCCAUUACAAUUUGAAUAAAAGGCUUCAAAUUUCUAAACAUUUAGGCAUUUAAUCCCUUUUACAAUAUAAUAACUCCAGACAUCUUUGGUUAUUCGAGCUUUAGUAAACCCACUUCUAUUGAACAUUAUCUGAGUUUUCUUAUUUCUUGGUUUGUAUUAUAUGGU